CGACGUGUGGACGCUAGGCCUCGCGCCGGAUAGCGUGCCCGGCGAGCGAGAGAAACCAGAAAUCUCUCCCUCCUACGCCCACCGCUCAGCCUCCACCUCUACCCACUGACACCCUCGAUCCACGGAUCCCCGGACCCACAGAUCAGUGAUGUAGAGUAGUGAGUCUUUGGUGGAGAGCUUUUAAAAGUCGCCUCGCCUUCGCUUCUGUUCCGCCAUCUCCAUGCCGCGGCAGGGCGCUGGUGGAAAGUCUUAAAACUCACGGGGAGCAGCCGAAGCUUAGGGAGUCAGGAGACGGGACGCGACGACCGCUCCCCUGCCAUUGUUGAGAGGAGGCGAGGUAGAUCGGUGGGCGUUCGGCGUCGGCUGGCCGCGAUGGACCUGCGCGUCGCCGCCGCACCCGCGGCCGCUGGCGUGCUCGGCGGCGGCGUCGGGCGCAUGCUGCCGCGGCCGAGGCCGUGGGAGCUCCGCAGCGGGAGCAGGCGGCGGAGGCUCUCCGUGCGGAUGUCCGUCGCCACCACCGAGGCCGCCUCCGCCGCGGCCGCCCUGGACGCGUCGGACGACAAGGUGCUGGAGGCGAGGAACGCCAAGACGGUGGUGGCGGUCAUCCUCGGCGGCGGCGCCGGGACCAGGCUCUUCCCGCUCACCAAACGCAGGGCCAAGCCCGCGGUGCCGAUUGGUGGGGCGUACAGGCUGAUCGACGUGCCGAUGAGCAACUGCAUAAACAGCGGGAUCAACAAGGUCUACAUCCUCACCCAAUUCAACUCGGCGUCCCUCAACCGCCACCUCUCCAGGGCCUACGAUUUCAGCAAUGGAGUGUCGUUUGGAGACGGAUUCGUCGAGGUUCUAGCAGCAACUCAGACGCCUGGGUCGGAGGGGAAGAGGUGGUUUCAGGGUACUGCUGAUGCGGUUCGGCAGUUUGGCUGGCUCUUUGAUGAUGCCAAAGCUAAAGAUAUUGAAGAUGUGUUGAUUCUUUCUGGUGAUCACCUCUACCGUAUGGACUACAUGGACUUUGUUCAGAGUCAUCGGCAAAGAAGUGCAGGCAUCAGCAUCUGUUGCUUGCCAAUUGAUGGCAGCCGGGCAUCUGAUUUUGGUCUAAUGAAGAUAGACGACACAGGAAGAGUUAUUUCAUUCAGCGAGAAGCCAAAAGGGGAUGAUUUAAAGGCAAUGCAGGUUGACACCACAGUGCUAGGCUUACCACAGGAGGAAGCAGAAAAGAAACCAUACAUUGCUUCAAUGGGAGUCUAUAUAUUUAAGAAAGACAUACUCCUAAACCUUUUAAGAUGGCGUUUUCCCACAGCAAAUGAUUUCGGAUCUGAAAUAAUUCCCGCUUCAGCAAAAGAAAUCGAUGUAAAGGCAUAUCUUUUCAAUGAUUACUGGGAAGAUAUUGGAACUAUUAAAUCUUUCUUUGAGGCAAACCUUGCUCUUGCUGAACAGCCUCCCAGGUUCAGCUUUUAUGAUGCUGACAAACCAAUGUACACAUCACGGAGAAACCUGCCACCAUCUAUGGUCAACAAUAGUAAGAUCACUGAUUCAAUCAUUUCCCACGGAUGUUUCUUGGAUAACUGCAGGAUAGAACACAGUGUUGUUGGGGUCCGUUCUAGGAUAGGCUCCUAUGUGCACCUCAAGGAUACAGUAAUGCUUGGUGCUGAUUAUUACGAGACUGAUGUGGAAAGAGGACAACUGCUCGCUGAAGGAAAGGUUCCCAUUGGGAUCGGGGAGAACACAACGAUUCAAAAGUGUAUCAUAGACAAGAAUGCGAGGAUCGGGAAGAAUGUGACGAUCUCCAACUCUGAGGGUGUAGAGGAAGCUGAUAGAACCUCCGAAGGCUUCUACAUCCGAUCCGGCAUCACUAUCGUACUGAAGAACUCAAUAAUUGCGGAUGGAUUGGUCAUAUGAGCUGAAAAAAGCUCAGAAGACUGGCAUUUGCGGCAGAAAUAAUCGUAGGAGAUCUCUGUAGCUUUACAAUAAGAUGUGUAGGAUUCAAGAGCUUCUGCUUGUCUAUACAGGAUCAUUUUUGUCUGCAAACCUGCCGUGUUUCACAUGAUGUGUUUGACUUAAACAACGUUGUAGAUCAUGAACAUUAUCUGUCUUUGGGCGUUUCAUUUUUACAAGUUACAAGCAUUACUGAUCA